AUGGAGGUUAGCAUGCCGAAACCGGGUCUGGAAAAUAACGAUAAUCAACAACUAGUGGUACUCAUGAUGCCCCUCAAAUCCGCCGUGGUGUUCAUGCUGUUCGUACUCAUGGUGAUGGUGGUGAGGAAUGUGCACUGGAACUGGGACUGGAACUUUGACUGGUUCCAAAAUAAAUCAUUUCAUGAACUCACCGAUCACGACAGUUUUGACGUGUUCAUGAUGGUGAUGGUGAUCGUGUCCUCCGAAAUCGUGAUGUCCUCCAAAGUCUCCGCCGCCGAAGUCGUGACCUCCUUCGAAUCCCCCGUCGUGGAACCCCGAGAGAAACUUGCAGUCACUAGCUCCAGGCUUCCUAUACCUUUAACCGCUUUACAGCAGCGAGGGACUAUCCGAGCAAACACAUGUUGUUCAUGA